AAUCUGAUGGUUUCUUUUUUUUUCCUCCCCUGCUCUCGCUUCUUCAUCUGUCUGUCCCAAUGGAAUGUUCUUUUCCGGGGCAGCUGCCGCGGUCCGGCAACAGGAACGCGGCGACGUGUCCCGUGCGCCCACCGUACUAACGCCAUCCCCGUUGCCGCCGGGGCUUCCUCUUCUCACCACUCCGGUUGAUCCGCUCCACACGGUGACACGCCGCUCCAGUGCUCCACUCGACGCGCGCGCUUCGCGUUCACUGUUCUGAGCUCUUGCGUGCCCUCACGAUGGCCGCGCCCGGCGACGGCGACAUUGGCGAAGCGGAGGCGGCGAGCACCACGAAGAACCGGAGGACGAUCUACGACUACCUCGGCGAAGGCGAGGAUGGCGAGGGGGCCUCGCCGCCGCGGCUGCGGCUCCCGCGGUUCACCUGCGCGAGGAUCCGGUUCGGCAGGAAGCGCGGCGGCAGCCGCGGCCGGGAGGAGGCCGACAAGAGCGACGGCGCGUCGUCGGCGGAGUCCCCAUCAGGUGCGCGCCGUGCCCGUGGAUCGUCGAAGCAAGCGGCGGUGACCACCACCAGCAGCGGCACCAGCAGUGUGACAGCGGCGGCGGUGGCGGCGCAAACCGGCAUGGGGCUGAGCAUGCUUCUCCUCCUCGCCAGGACCUGCGUGGAGCUGAACCGGAUGGCCGAGGUGCGCGCGCAGAUGGAGGCGCUCCUGAAGGAGAUCAGAGACGAGGCCGACAGGGUGAAGGGCGCCGCGGAUCACGUCGCCGUCACGCCCAAGACCUGCAACGACAACCUGCAGUCGACGUCGACGACUACCGCGUCGUCAAGCUGCGUCUCGGACACGAGCACGAACUGCCUGGAGAUCGCGCGCGGCGAGGAUGGGAGGAGGACGUCGGAGGACGAGGGGUGCGCCGGAGUGGACGGCGCGCUGGAAGCAGAGCUCGAGGCAGAGCCCGCGCGGCGUCAACCACCACCACUAGAGUGGACGUGCAGCACCGAGCAUGAAACUCCUGAGUGUUCGAUGCAGUCGCCGUCGGACGACGACGAGUUCAUCGAGCUGGAAGGAGGGUGCUUCGGCGGCGGCGGCGGCGGAUAUCCCGACGGCAGCAACGACGGCGACGACGGAUCGUCAUUGCGGGAGCGGAACGAGAGAGGGGUUUCCGCGAUCGAGCUGGAGCGGAGGCUGCACGAGCUCCGGCACCGGCGGGACCGGGAGCGGAUCUCGGCGCUGGAGUCGGCGCUGCGGCGCGCGGAGCGGAGGCUGACGGAGAAGGAGAUGGAGGCGCGGCUGUGGCAGGACACGGCCGCGCUGGCGCUGGGGGGGCAGCCGGCGCCGCGCGACGUCGGGCGCGAACAGUGACCCCGCAGCGCGCCGUACCGGCGUGGCGGCUGCUGUACAGUACAGCUAGCGUUUGUACGAUGCUCGGGGUUUGAUCCGCAGGUUAACGAUGAUCCAUGAACAAGCUCCUCUU